GUCCCCUCUGGUAUCAAGUAGGGAUGCCUUUCUCUUUGUCGACGAACAAAUGCUUCACACUUGGUCGAGCUAGCCGUCGAACGCCGUCCGCGGUUGUCGUUCCUUCGUGGUUGUUCUCGGGCAAGUUUUGAAGAAGGUUACUCGAUUGCACGGAGUUUUGCCUGGAUAUGAGCUCAAUUGUACGGCAUGUAUCAAGCCUGGUGAGGCAGCCACUUGGAACUGUUCAACCGCUGGGCAAUGGGUGUCAUCAGCUGCAGCAGCUUCAACAAUGCAGAGGAAUACGGGUGAUGGUUGAGAAUGGCGACUUGGAAAAGGCACUGGCACUUAUGCAGCGCACGAUGCAAUCAAGUGGGAUGGAGCGCAUGAUAAAACAGGUGCAGAGACACCACAUCAAGAACUCUGAGAAGCGUGUAUUGGCCCGGAAGAGAUUGGAGCAAAAAAUUCAAUCACAGGACCUUGCUCGCAAACUUAAGUCCAUUCUGCUCAAGAAAGUCAGGGGUCUGUGAGAAAGGGGUACGGUUAGUUUGCAAAGAUGAUGGUUACUGUGAGUUGCAGUCAUUUUGUCGACGGCCCUUAUCUUUUCCUCUGAGCUUUUGGGUAUUCUGGUUAUGUUGAAUUUGGGCUAUCAUAUGGCAAAAUAAAAGCCAUUUUCAUGUACUUUUAUGUUUGUUAUCUUACAUAUAUUGGAAUUUAGAUGCAAUGACCGAUGACUUAAUGUGAUUAACUACAUUCAUUCUGCGAUACCACAAAGCAAUAGUUUUUUUUUUUUUUCCCGAGUCAAACUUGGAAUUGGGUGGAAUCAUUUGUCAAUAUUGAUUUGAGAUCAGUAGUCUGUUUGGAGUAAUCAUAGUUCAUGUGUA